AUGGCGCUGUCGUCUGCUGAUUUGCCUGCGAUAUAUUCGCUGCUGGCGAAUUCAAUGAGCGGAGACGAGAGCGUGCGGAAGCCAGCGGAGGCGGCGCUCUCUCAGUCCGAGAACCGGCCUGGAUUCUGCUCGUGUUUGAUGGAAGUGAUUACAGCGAAGGAUUUAGUGUCGCAGGUUGACGUUCGGUUGAUGGCUACAGUUUAUUUCAAAAAUAGCAUCAAUCGUUACUGGAGAAGCAGGCGUGAUUCGGGAAUAAGCAUUGAAGAGAAAACUCACUUGAGGCAGAAGCUCUUGUCACAUUUGAGAGAGGAAGACUAUAAGAUAGCUAUGAUGUUGGCUGUGCUUAUUUCAAAAAUUGCUCGCAUUGACUAUCCCAAGGAUUGGCCAGAGUUCUUUUCUACAUUGGCGAACCAGCUUCAAUCAGCUGAUGUUCUUACUUCGCACCGCAUUUUUAUGAUUCUCUUCCGGACUUUGAAGGAGUUGUCGACGAAACGUCUAUCUGCUGAUCAAAAGAAUUACACUGAGAUAACAGCCCAUUUCUUUGACUAUUGCUGGCAUCUUUGGCAAAGUGACGUCAGGACUAUACUACAUGGCUUCUCGGCCCUCGCUCAAAACUUUGAUCCAAAUGCUCUUGAGCAGCGUCAUGAUGAACUUUAUCUGAUCAGUGAGAGAUGGCUGUUUUGUUUAAAGGUCAUACGGCAGUUGAUAUUAUCAGGGUUUCCAAGUGAUGCAAAGGCGGUACAGGAGGUCAGACCUGUAAAGGAGGUCUCGCCUGUGCUCUUGAAUGCAAUUCAAUCAUUGCUUCCAUAUUAUUCAUCUUUCCUGAAGGGACAUGGAAAGUUUUUGGAGUUUGUGAAGCGAGCAUGUACUAAAUUGAUGAAGGUCUUGGUUAUGAUUCAGAAUCGGCAUCCUUAUACAUUUAGUGAUAAAUCUGUCCUUCCACCGGUUUUGGAUUUCUGUUUAAACAAGAUAACUGAGCCUGAUCCGGAGCUCUUGUCCUUUGAGCAAUUUCUGAUUCAAUGUAUGGUAAUGGUGAAGCGUGUGCUUGAAUGUAAAGAAUAUAAGCCGAGUCUUACUGGCCGUGUAAUGGAUGAAAGUGUCAUUACACUAGAGCAGACGAAGAAAAAUAUGUCUAAUGUAGUCGGUGGUGUUCUCACUUCGCUUCUUCCAAAUGAACGCAUAAUACUCUUGUGCAAUGUGUUGAUAAGAAGGUAUUUUGUUCUAACGGCAAGUGACCUGGAAGAAUGGUCUGAGAAUCCAGAAUCUUUUCAUCAUGAGCAGGACAUGGUUCAGUGGACUGAGAAACUAAGGCCCUGUGCCGAAGCUCUGUACAUUGUACUGUUUGAAAACUAUAGCCAGCUUUUGGCUCCAGUUGUGGUUUCCAUCCUUAAGGAAGCCAUGAGUGGUUGCCCUGCAUCGGCUAUAGAGAUCACACCAGGCUUGCUUUUGAAAGAGGCUGCUUAUGGGGCUGCUGCAUAUGUGUACUAUGAGCUUUCAAACUACCUAAGCUUUAAAGAUUGGUUUAAUGGUGCCUUGUCUGUUGAACUGUCUAAUGAUCAUCAUAAUAUGCUUAUCAUCCACCGCAAGAUUGCCCUGGUUCUGGGACAAUGGGUUUCUGAGAUUAAGGAUGACACAAAACGACCUGUGUAUUGUGGAUUAAUCAGAUUGCUGCAAGCCAAAGACCUGUCGGUCAAACUAGCAGCUUGUCGGUCAUUGUGUUCACAUAUCGAAGAUGCCAACUUCUCUGAGCAUGAAUAUCUGGAUCUCCUUCCUGUUUGCUGGGACUCCUGUUUUAAGUUGUUUGCUGAGGUUCAAGAAUUAGACUCGAAGGUUCAGGUUUUGAAUCUGAUCUCCAUUCUCAUUGCACAUGUCAGUGAAAUCAUUCCGUAUGCAAACCAGUUGGUGCAGUUUUUUCAGAAGGUUUGGGUAGAAUCUUCUGGUGAGAGUCUACUGCAAAUGCAGCUUCUCGUUGCUCUGAGGAAUUUUCUGGUUGCACUGGGUUAUCAAUCACCAAAUUGCUACAGCAUACUUCUACCUAUUUUGCAAAGAGGACUUGAUAUAAAUAGCCCAGAUGAACUCCUGGAGGACAGUAUGCUGUUGUGGGAAGCAACACUUUCUCAUGCUCCUGGAAUGGUACCUCAACUGUUAACGUAUUUCCCUUAUUUAGUGGAUAUCCUGGAAAGAAGUUUUGAUCACUUGGAGGUGGCUGUAAAUAUCAUUGAGGAUUAUGUGAUAUUAGGGGGAACAGAAUUUCUGAACAUGCAUGCUGCUGCUGUUGCAAAACUUCUUGAUCUGAUAGUUGGAAAUGUCAACAACAGAGGGAUGCGUUCUAUUCUUCCUGUGAUUGAUAUGUUAAUCCAGUGUUUCCCCUUGGAAGUGCCUCCACUUAUCAACAGUACCUUACAAAAACUUAUCGUGAUCUGUUUGAGUGGGGGAGACGACUAUGAUCCUUCCAAAACAGCAGUUAAAGCAUCUUCAUCUGCAAUCUUAGCAAGAAUAUUGGUAAUGAACACCAACUAUCUUGCCCAGUUGACGGCAGAACCAUCACUUACAUCACUCCUCCAGCAAGCAGGCAUACCAGUUGAGGACAAUAUACUUUUAUCACUUGUUGACAUUUGGCUUGACAAGGUUGACAACGCAUCUUCCAAUCAGAGAAAAACACUCGGCCUUGCCCUUUCAAUAAUUUUGACUCUAAGGCUGCCGCAGGUCCUUGAUAAGCUUGAUCUUAUCCUCAGUGUGUGCACAAGCAUUAUACUGGGAGUUACUGAUGAAUCGGCCGACGAAGAUUCCAGUAGCGAUAAUAUGAGUUCCAGCAGGUCUCACGAAGAUGGUACUAUUGUGAGUAAAGAACUCCGAAUGAGACAGAUUAAGUUUUCAGACCCCAUCAACCAGUUGUCAUUAGAGAAUCUAGUGCGAGAGAACCUUCAAACAUGUGGCAGAGUACACGGGGAAGCCUUCAAUGCAGCUAUUAGUAGAAUGCAUCCCUCUGCGUUUGCUCAAUUGAAGCAGGCUCUGAAGAUGCCAUAA